GCUAGGUUUGCCGAAUCAACCAGCCGAUCUGCCCCUUACGGGAGACGUGAAGCAGCUGAAGCAACCCCCCCCUACCCCCUCCUCUCUCUAGAAUCUUCUUCUUCUCUCUCUCCUCCACUGAGGCCCAUCAAUGUCGACCUCGUCGAGAGCCAGAUCCAGCGGGCCGGUCCUGCGGUCGGCCUCGCCGUCGAGGAGGCUAACCUCGCCGGCGUCCGACUCGUCGAUCGCCGCGGCGGCGUCGGCCUUCGGAUCGACCAGCUCCGGCUUCUCAUCUCCGUCCUCCGCUUAUUUCAACCACAGAUCGACCUCCCCGACCCGCGUCAACAUGUACACCUCGAAGCCCCUGUCUCCUUCCGUGCGUUUCUCCAUUGACAGGCCGGUCUCCCCUAAGCGGUCAAUUGCGGUGUCCUCCAGAUAUCCCGUCAUCAACAACCGCGGCGGCUCCGUCAAGCGGACGUGCAUGUGUUCCCCGACCUCCCACCCCGGCUCCUUCCGGUGCAGCCUGCACAAGAAUUCCGGUGGAGGUAAGCACCAGGCGGUGUCGUCCCUUUCGAAUCGGCUGAACAUGCUUAGAUCCGCGAUGAAGAACUCCAUCGUGAGGAUCGGCGGCGUCGAGGGAGAGCUGAUGAAGAGAUCCCUGGCGGCCCUGAUAAGGCCGUCCUCCCACCAGCAGAGGAGGCGGGCGGCCUUCCAGCCAAGGCCGAGCCGGCUCUCGGUGAUGUCCAAGGCCGAGGAUCUGUAAGCGGUAGGGUUGGCUGCACAGGUUGGUUCAUGCUCUCCUUGUCAGUGUCGGUGCGUUGCGGUUGUCGGAAACGACGGCGGUGGUGGUUGUGGCUCUGAUGCUGCGGGGGUGAGUCAACCCGUCCGAUGCCGGGACAAUUUUUUGGUUCGCGGUAACGGUGAGGCGAGUCAACUCAGCAAAUCCCGGUGGACUCGAAGAGUACCCUUUUCGUUUCCGAAUCGAACAUGGAACAGGAGCUUUGAGAAGACAUAGCAUUUCUUGUACAUACCACUAUGCUAUUGCUGGAAAAUUUUUGGGCAUUUGAUCGAAUUCGAUACAUCUUUGGACCAAAAAGUUAAAAACGGAUUAACAUUGAAUCUAUGGAUUCUCGACGGAACCCUAAUCGUAAUCUGCAUAGAGACACCCUCACCUACUCGAAUUCGAUUUCUGGAUCAUCCGUGUUUAUGAUUUGCGGCGUUCGGGUUUUCCGGUAGGGUUUGGUUUGACGGCUACGUCAGCCGUACGUUUGUGUCUGCCGCUGACGUUGCCGUUCUCCGUUUACAGCGUAUCCGUUCCUUCCAUCCAAAGCAAAGGUGAGGAUUUAUAUCUGCCGGGAAUAAUUUAAAACUUGGAAGUUCCAAAUUAAUAAAAAACAGAAACAGAAUUCAUUUUCCGAGCUGGAAGGAGACGUGGCGGGGAGCCUUUGGACUUUUUACACAAUAUUGUGGAGAAAUCAAUAAUUUUGUGGGGAGAAUUAAUAAAUUGGGGAAAUUGAUAUAAUUAAAUGGAUAUAUUGAUUAUUAAUGGUGGGAGAGGAGUGGAGCCAGCUAAGCUGAGGACUUUUCGAAAUCUCAAUGAAAUGAAAUGAAUGGGGCAGAAGAAUCUGGUUUCAUGGGACCCA